CAUGCGCAACCGGCACACACGGGGUUGACUGUCUCUUGACUUGUUCCACUACAUGCAAGGACAACGCUUGUAACCCGUCAACCGGAUACUGUCAGUCUUGCAACGACGGCUACUAUGGAAACUAUUGUAACAUCAGUUGUCCGGAGAACUGUCUCGACAGGUUGUGUGACUCAACUGGACAAUGCUUCAAUUGCAGCCCUGGCUUCUACGACGAAGCGUGUUCCUCGGUCUGUUCUUCUGCAUGCUUGGACAAAAUAUGUAAUGUCGCCGAUGGUCAGUGCAUAUUAUGCAUGGAUGGGUAUUACGGGUUGAAGUGUUCAUCGUUGUGCCCUGUUCACUGCAGUGAUAAGAAAUGCGAUAGACUCACCGGAAACUGUAGUUCGUGCGAGGCUGGUUAUUUUGCUGAGGAUUGUUCUGCUUCGUGUCCAGGAAAAUGCUUUGAUGGCAAGUGCGACAUGCUUAAUGGAUCAUGCAUUUAUGACUGCGCAGAUGGCUACUUUGGGAGUACUUGUUCCAGCGAAUGUCCAUCGGCCUGCAAAAACAACCGGUGUAACAAAAUAUCGGGCUUGUGUGUUGCCUGUGAUAAUACAUAUGGCACGUACUGUUCCAUAUCUUGUCCGAGUGUGUGUGCCAACAAAACCUGCGGUCGGUACACUGGAAAUUGCCUGUUUUGUGAGUCUGGAUUCUUUGGCUUCCAUUGCAUCCAUAAGUGCCCUACCAAUUGCGCCAAUAAUCAAUGCCAUAUCAAGAAUGGGAACUGCACUUCUUGUAUCUCGGGCUAUCACGGGAAAUUGUGCGACAAAAUGUGUCCUCGUGAUUGCUUGCAACCAACUUGUGACAUCAGAACUGCGCAGUGUGUGAAAGGUAGGUG